AAGAAAAAGAAAAAAAGCAAAAAUAAACUGGUUGAUGUUCAAGAGAAUCAAAAGCAGCGGACUUUCCAAAAUUCAAAUGUGAAAUCUUAAUUUCAUUUCCCGCCCAAAAACACUUCUCCUUAGUCCUUAACCUUAAACAACCUUUCAUACGCAUACCUCAAAACCACCACAACUACACUGUCUGUAUUCAGAUUCAUUCAUCAAAUCCUUCGUAAAAAAAACCACAGGCUUAUAUAAAAAUAUAAUUUAUAUAUAUAUAUGUCGACUUCAUCAGUUCGCCGGCUAAAAGAACGAGGCGGCGGUGGAGGGAAGGUGGCGGCUGCGGUGGCGAAACCCUCCAGAACCCCAAACCCAGUCUCCGACAAACUCGCCGGAGGCGAGACCCUCAAGAGAUCCACCGGAAAAGAAAAUCCCAGACCCACUUCUAGGAUUCGGGCAGCAGCAGUAGCGGCGGCGGCGAUGUCGCAGAAGCCUGUGAUGCGGGCGAUGCCGCGAAUCGAGAAGCCCCCGGGUGACGAUGUGGAGACUCGUGUUCGGUGGUCAACUUCGUCGGUGCAGAGAGGUAGGAGCUCUAGUCCUUCUGAUUUCAAUCGUGUUUUAUCUGAUUCGCGCAGGAGUAGGGUUUCUGGGGUUUCAGCGGAUCGGUGCGAAAAGGGUUCGGGAGGUGAAAUUGAGCGAUCCGUGUCUGGUGGGGGGAAGUUUGUGGGCGGGAUUAGGGUUUCUGAGAAAAUUCAGCGAAAGAAAGGUACUUUUAGGGAUUCAAAUGUGAAAGCAAAUGAAGGAAGUGAGAAUGGUAUUAGGGUUUUGAAGGAUUGUAAAGAUCCAGCGCGUGUCAUGCUGAGCACAGAAAAAAGUAGUGAAAUUCGUAAGGAGGUAUUGAAACCCGAAGGAAGUGAAAACUUUAGAGUUAGGGUUUUAGAUGACUAUAAUGGAGAUGUUAAUUUAAGCUUAAUUUCAACAAAACUAGAGAGUUGUAAUCAUGUUUCUGAUUCAGAUCCCUAUGUGAAGGUUUCGGAUCAUCUUGGAGUUAUUGAGGAAUCAAAGAGGAGAUCUUGUGUUGUUUUGAGGUCAGAUGAUGUAACUGAGAAGAAACAGAAUGGUACUGAUUUGGGUUCGAAAGAAUUGGGCAGAAAAUAUUCAAAUAAUUUGAAUGUGAAGGCUGUGAGUUUAAAAGAGAAGGGUGUGAUUGAAGAGGGUGCUGGUGCUCAGUGUGUGAACAAAUAUCCAAGCAAGCUCCAUGAGAAGCUUGCUUUUUUGGAAGGGAAGGUUAAGAGGAUUGCAUCUGACAUUAAGAGGACCAAGGAGAUGUUGGAUAUGAAUAAUCCAGAUGCUUCAAAGGUGAUAAUUUCGGAUAUUCAUGAAAAAAUUUCAGGGAUUGAAAAAGCGAUGGGUCAUGCUGUGAAUUGUUCUGAUGGUAAUGGUGGUGGUUUGAGAACUACAAAAAAUGAUGAUAGUCGGAUCAAAAUAUCAGAGGGCGGACAAAGUUCAGUUAAAGGUUUGAACAGUGAGGAACUUGAAGCAAGACUCUUCCCUCAUCAUAAAUUAAUUAGAGAUAGGACAUCGUUGAAGACAUUGUCGGGAAGCUCUCAAAGAUGUCAACCCAAUAUUGUGGAAGUUGCUAGUGAAGUAAAGCCUGAAGAGAAGUUGUUGAGUUCCAUCGAUGAGAACCCUAUUGCUUUGGAGUUCUUGGCUUCACUUAAUAAGGAGCAGUCUAAGGACACCAUGAAGGAUGCACAUGUUGGUAUGGAAGCCUGUGAAAUCCAAGAAAUGGAUGAUGCUGCAACUUCAGAAGUAGAAAAUUCUUCAAGCUUGUUCAACGGAAAAGGUGAUAUUGAGCUCAUCCUCACAACAAAUGAAACACUCGAUGAGUUUGAUGAUCAGGAGAAUAAACCGACAAUGAUGAUCGAAGAGGAGACAGAAGAUAGUUCCAUUUACCAGUUAAAUGAAAUUGGCCUUAAGACCUCGACUGGGGGAUGGUUUGUGUCAGAGGGAGAGUCGGUUCUUCUUACUCAUAAUGACGGUUCAUGUUCCUUCUAUGAUGUUGCCAAUUGUGAGGAGAAGUCUGAGUACAGGCCCCCAAUCGGAGUCUCACCCAAUGUAUGGAGGGAUUGUUGGAUCAUUCGUGCCCCUGGUGCAGAUGGUUGCUCUGGAAGAUAUGUUGUCGCGGCAUCUGCCGGUAAUACAAUGGAUUCAGGUUUUUGCUCGUGGGAUUUCUACACAAAAGAUGUGCGAGCUUUCCACAUCGAGGAUGGAAAUACUAGUUCAAGACCAGCACUUGCACCCCUACCCAAUAACACUUUAUACAACAGAAAUGCUUCAUCUACCAUUGUGGCCCCAGAAAACCAGCAAUGGUGGUAUAAACCCUGUGGACCACUUAUUGUUUCUACAGCCAGUUGUCAGAGGGUUGUCAGAAUCUAUGAUAUCCGGGAUGGAGAAUAUGUUAUGAAAUGGGAGGUGCAGAAGCCUGUGUUAGCAAUGGAUUACUCAAGUCCUUUGCAAUGGAGAAACAGAGGAAAAGUGGUUUUAGCAGAGGCAGAAACUUUGUCUCUCUGGGAUGUGAGCUCUCAGAAUCCUCAAGCAUUACUUUCUGUUUCUUCAUGUGGUCGAAAGAUCUCUGCACUUCAUGUGAAUAACACCGAUGCUGAAAUAGGUGGAGGAGUUCGGCAAAGAGUAAGUUCAUCUGAAGCAGAAGGAAAUGACGGUGUAUUCUGCACCCCUGAUGCUAUUAAUGUUUUAGAUUUCCGGCACCCAUCUGGUAUAGGUCUUAAGAUUCCCAAACUUGGAGUCAAUGUGCAGUCAGUUUUCUCUCGCGGAGAUUCCAUCUUACUUGGCUGCACUAACUCACGGUCAGCAGUGAAAAAGCAACAAUGCCCCCAGGUGCAACAUUUCUCAUUACGCAAACAGAGGCUUGUCAGCACUUACGCUUUGCCAGAAUCAAAUGCUCAUUUCCAUUACUCAGCCAUAACACAGGUUUGGGGAAAUUCAAACCUUAUCAUGGGUGUGUGUGGACUGGGGCUGUUUGUUUUUGAUGCCUUGAAGGAUGAUGGGUUGCAGUCUUUCACCAUGAACUAUGGUAACGUGCAAAAUGUUAGAGAAAUUAUCGGACCUGAUGACAUGUAUUCUCCUUCUUUUGAUUAUUUGGCAUCUCGAGUUCUCCUUAUAUCGAGGGAUCGUCCAGCACAAUGGAGGUACUUAUCAUAGGCGUCAUUUAUGAUUUGAGACAUAUUUUGUCAAACAGUGGACCAUUAGCAUGAAAAUUGCUGCUGCUUGUGUUCUGUUUUGUAUUGCAUAAUGCAUGCUGUGUGAAAAAUUGAAGUAAUAUUGCUAUUUAUUGUAAUAGAGCUGCUGUUUAAUAUAGAAAAAAAGUGAUGUGCAUUGUUAGCU